AUGCAAGAGAGUAUUCCUGAACACUUUGCAUCCCGCACUCUUAUUACAAUUACGCAUCGUACUUCCGCCAUUCUAGAUGGCGACCGCGUCACAGUGGUGUCAGAUGGGACUGUUUUCGAACUAGACCCUCCAGGCGAGCUUCUAGCUCGCGAUCCUCUCAGUCAGCCUGGGGGUCUACGAGGCGAUAUCGGUUUUAACCAAUCUUCUGGAAUUCUACAGGAGGUUAGUUAG